ACUGUAAAGAUUUUACAACGACAUUACAUUGUGUUAAUUUUGCUGACGAAUGAUUUCUCUUAUCUCGCUUGCUUCUCGGGUUCGCGAGACCGGUCUGAGCGUCAGUAUAGCUUCAGCCGUUAAUGAAGUGUGUUUUUACGAAGCAAAAAAAAAAUUUUUUUGAAGUUAAGAGGAUGUACCCGACUGCGAGGAACUUCGAGGGGUAUGGUACGUGGUACCAGAUGGUGGUGAUGGUUUAUGGAGAAAGGGAUAUCAGGACUUCUAUAUCCAUUUUAAAGGCUUUGGCGCGCCCGAUUAAUCCGGCUCAAGGACUCUUGUUAGUGUCCUGGCUGCUGCAGUUAUUUGGGUCUCUUCCUCCGGAGGUGGUUGAGGCGACUUCCUUCUUGUGCCUUUCGGGCAUAGAGGGUGUAGCCGAUUCUUCUUCUUUUGAGGAAGUGAUGUGCCCCAACCACGGGGACCUGGAGUUGAUGGCGGUCUCUUUGAUGGCGGCCGUUUUCAACGGUUUGGUCACCAUGCCCUGAGAGUAUAAGUUGUUUAGAAUUUUCCUU